AUGCCAGAAGAGAAUGAAUGUGUUGCUGACAUGACAUUGAAUUUGGUUCAACCGAAAAAUAUGCUUGCAACUUUGAAACGUAAAAGACCCAAAAAUAUCUCAAAUAUCAAGCAAAUGUAUAAUAUUCGGUACCAAACUAACAAGGCGUCAAGGGGGAAUAAAACUGAAAUGCAACAACUCUUGAAACUAUUGGAUGAUAACAGUUAUGUUUCUAUGUAUCGAACGUGCGAGGAUGGAGUUACAGAUAGAGAUAUAUUUUGGACUCGUCCUGAUUCCAUCAAGUUGUUCAACAUGUUUCCUAUUGUGCUUAUAAUUAAUUCAACGCACAAGUACAAACUUCAAUUAUUGGAGAUGGUUAGUGUUACCUCUAUUGAGAAUAACUAUUAUGUCGGGUUUGCAUUUCUAGAGAGAGGAAAAAAAGAUAAUGUUACUUGGGCCUUAUAG